AUGAUUGCAAACGAGUCAUCAUUUUCAUACGAUUGCCUUGAUUGGAAAAAAGAAAGUAUAAAAAAAGCAGUUGAAGAAGGAAUUUUCAAAGAAAAUGAUUAUGUAAUGAUGUACAAUUUAGAUGAAUUCAGAGCCCUCGCUAAAGAAGCAUGUGACAACUUAAAAGGCCUUCAAACUAUGGCUGUUAAAUGCAACCCAGUAAUGAAUUUAAUGAAAGAAGCUAUUAAAUGUGGUUUAGGUGCAGAGGUUGCUUCAUUUGGAGAAUUAAAAAUUGCCGAAAGAGCUGGUUUUGAACCAAGUAAAAUUAUUUUCGAUUCACCAAUUAAAACUAGAAGAGAAUUAGAAUAUGCUUUAAAUAUUGGAUGUGUUAUUAAUGUUGAUAAUUUUGAAGAGUUAGAAACAAUCGAAGAAAUUGUAUCAACAUUCACACAAGAAAAAAAAGAUAGUUUAGUUUUAGGUAUUAGAAUUAAUCCACAAGUCGAUGCAGGUACAUUAACAGAUCUUAGUACAGGUGUUCCAACUAGUAAAUUUGGUAUUGGUAUUCAACAUAAAGAUAAAAUUAUUGAUGCAUAUCGUAGAAAUAAAUGGUUAAAAGGUGUACACAUUCAUAUUGGUUCACAAGGUUUCGAAAUUGAUUCAAUUUCAAGUGCUGCUGUCAAAGUUAUGGAAUUAACUAAAGAAAUCAACACUCUUUUAAAUAAACAAAUUACCUUUUUCAAUAUGGGUGGUGGCUUAUCAGUUAACUUUGAUACCGAACAAUCAAAACCAACAUUCACCGAUUACGCAAAUCAUCUUAAAUCAAUUUUACCAGAAUUAUUCAAUGGUGAUUUCCUUUUAAUCACUGAAUUUGGUCGUUCUUAUUGGGCUAAAUGUGGUGUUGUCAUUUCAAAUAUCGAAUAUACCAAAUCAUCAGGUGAUCGUGCCAUUGCAGUUUGCCACUCUGGUGCUAAUAUGCAUAUUAGAACUGUUUAUCAAUUCCCAUUAUGGAAACUCCGUGUAACCAUUUUCGAUAAAAAUGGUAUUCGUAAACAUGGUGACGAAAGAAUGACUGAUAUUGCUGGUCCAUGUUGCUUUGCUGCCGAUGUUUUAGUUAAAGAAAGAAUGUUACCACCAAUUUUAAGAGGUGAAUAUGUUAUGGUUCAUGACUGUGGUGCCUAUAUGAUUUCAGCUUACUCUCAUUACAAUUUAAGAUUAGCCCCACCAAUUUACUCCUUUGAUGUAAAUACUAAAAAAAUCGAAUUAAUUAAAAAAGGUGAAACUAUCGAAGAAAAAAUUCAAUUCUUUUCUUAA